GUUAGGACAGUCGGCCGCGGUUUUCACACCACAUGGUGUUGUUCUUAAGAUAAUUAUAAUUUUUCAACUGUAUAUCCAGUCAACAUGGAAACUGGUUUCCUAAACCCCAUUCAUGAUGAAGAACAUUUCUCUUCUCCUUUUUACAAUCAGGGUCAUGAACUUGACGCCAACGAACACAUACUUUUUGGGGAGAUGAUAGUACCCGAAAUUAUUGAUUAUGAUAGUCUGUGGCCUUCAAACGAUGACACUGAAGUCGGAGAAGAGGAUCAAGCACAAAAAGAAGAAUUUCAAAAAAUGCUUCAUGAAUGGCAAAAUCAUCUUGACUAUAUGCAGGAGCCUGAAGCCAUCAGGCAAAAAGUUCCCCUUGGAAACAACACCACAGAGGAAGUUCCUGAAAUGUUCCCAAGCUCAGACACAUCUUGUGCCAGACCUACUCCAGCCCCGGCUGUUGACCCGAGUAUAGAUGAACUGUUCCCUCUGGAAACACCAAAGACCAAUCCACCUGUGAAUACAGAGGCGACAUUGAAAUAUAGGGAGGCGUUUGCCGUUACUACAGAGUUGAGGAAAAUCAUCAAAAAAGAACCAGAACCUACUGGAACCUUUCAGGAAGAAUUGGAGUUAUCGUCAAAUGUAACAAAAUUAGGUGUGAAGACCGCGGCAAGUAAUGAUAAUUUGCAACAAAAACCCCAUAUCUUUCUGAAGAAAGAAGUUGAAGAGGAACCAGAAAAAGAAGUAGAUGUGGAAACUGUAGAGAGUGAGGAAGUCCCUUUACUGAUGGCUGGAGAUCUGACAAGUCUGCUGGAGCAGUUUGAGGCUACAGAGAAGGUGAAUGCAGUUCAGACACCCCCUUCACCUCCCAGACCUUCAAGUCAGACCAUCCGGGACGCUCUUCCAAUGGAGGUUAUACAGAGAAUCAAGGCUUCUCGUGAGAACCACAAGAAGGUUAUACCAGUCAUACCUGCCAUGCCUAACAAACGUCCAGGCAAAGCUGCCACUAGAAUGCAGGAUGCUGGAGCUACUCUCUCAAGAAAUAAACUUCUUAAAUUGAUAACAGGAGGGUCGAGUGGAGAAUCAGUUCAGUUGGACCACGACUACUGUACAAACGGAGGCGACUCCACAGCUAGCAGUUCACGCAGCUACUACAUGUCUGACAGCUCCGAGUAUCCUAGCCAGAGCUCCACUCCUGACACAUCCUCACGUCUUCCAGAUUUCAAGAUUUCUAAAGACUCUGGAAGAGUUUGUGACACAGGGUCUAGAAAAGAUUCGGGUUUAGAAUCCGGCGAAAACAGUGAAGAAGAAGUUCCUUUAGUCAAUGAAACAAAAAGCAAGAUAGUUUUCAAAAACGGUAUAGGACAAAAAAGUAUUAGUUUAGUGAAUGAGACUCGGGUGACAGGAAAUAAGAACUCAUUGCUUCGUAAAAAUAUACCUAUGGUUUCGGUUCUUAAAAAGAACAUCAAAGUAGAAAAAGACGCUUUAAAUUCUAGUGAAAUAUCUAAUCAGUGUGCUUCACCGGUUGUAUAUAGUGAUGUGGCAAGCACUCAGUGUGAAAUGGACAAACAGGAAAUCGUUAGGAAGAAAAAGAAGCUGAACCUAGAAGAAUAUAGAGUGAGGAGAGAAGAGAGGGAGAGAAUCCGCAGUCAAGAAAGCAGUAGAGCCAACUCUCCUGUUCCCUGUCCUACACCCCCUGCUCAACCAGACUCCACUUCUCAAGAGGGUGUACCUAAGGAAAAACCAUUAAUGCACAGCGUAGAAGUCCAAACUCAAACUUGUGACUUCAUUGACCUCACUUCUUCAAACUCCUCUAAGGAUCAGGAGAAAUCGAGGAUGGACAGUAAAGACAAAAGGAAUGAUCUCAAACAUAGAAGUUACCAAUCCAGGCAUGCAAGCUCGUCUAGUUCUUCUUGUAGUGCUGAGUCUGACCGCCACCGCUCUCACAGGCGGAAAACAAGUAGGAGGAAAAGGAGCAGGAGCAGACGCAAGUCAAGUGUGUCUCGAAUGUGGUCCAGAUCUCCUUCACGCUCAUCUUCAGGAUCUAGCUCUGACUCAUCAAGUCGUAGCAGAUCAAGAUCUAGAUCUCGGGAUGGCUACAGAAGACAGAAGUGGAGGAGUCGUUCUCCAAGACGAAGCCAUCAUCAUGAGUCUUCCAGGAACUACAGGAUUGACAGAGACAGAGCUAUGGAGAGAGACAGAUCGUGGCAAAGGAACCAUUCUCCUGUGAGAUCAACCUCUUCUCGCAGUCAGGAAUUCCCCACCCAGGAGAAGACGAAGCAGGUGGAGGAGAGAAGAGUCAUAUAUGUGGGACGCAUUGACGAGGGCACUACCAAGGCAGAUCUCCGGAAGAGGUUCCAACAGUUUGGGCCAAUAGUGGACAUCAGUGUUCAUUUCCGUGAGAGAGGAGAUAACUAUGGCUUUGUAACAUUUGCGUACAAAGCAGAUGCAUACAAGGCGGUGGAGCAUGGCAAUGACGACCCUAAACUGCCUCGCUACGACCUGUGUUUUGGUGGCCGCCGUGCAUUCUGCAAACAACGAUAUGCUGAUCUAGAUGGAAUGGCGACUAACAUGCAAUGCCGUUAUGGUCCUCCUCCUGCCAUGCAGCCACGUUCUAAUGAUUCCUUCGAUCUACUGCUGAAUGAAGUCAAGGCAAAGCUGCGCAAGCGUUCGUGCGUUUGACCCUGGCUACCAGCCGCAACCCUUAGUCAUUGUAAUUUAGUAGACAAUUUUAGUCAAGGAGGUGGUGUUAUUUAUUUUUUACUAAAACUGUAUUAUAGUUGUUAUCAAUGCGUCAUCAUUGUUAAAUUGUUUAGGUUUUUAUCUUUAGAGUGUACGGUGUAGAUUACUGGACUUUUUUGUAAAUAUAUAUUGAUCAUUCAGGGAAUCAUUUUAAGUAUUAUAUUCAGUUUAAUUUUUGAGCAUCGGGUUUCAUAGCUGUACUCAAUUAUUAUAUUUAGGCACACAUUUCACUUUUUUGUUCUAAUAUCAUAUGGUAAGGAUGGAGCAAAAGAUUUUUCAUUUGUAAAUUUUCAUUUAACGUGCCAUUCUGAAUAUUAUUUUUAGUUUUUUAUUUACUAUCGAUAGGUAAUGUAUCAUUUUAUAAAAAAUCCGGUUUUACCCUAGAUUUACAAUGAUAUUUUACUUUGGUUUAUUUUUAUCAUAGAUAAAUUAAGUACCUGUGUUUUUGUGUUUUAUCAUUUUCAAAUUAUUAUUUUCAAUUCCUAUCCUGUUGUAUUCGCAUGAAGGACAUGAUGUCUUUUAUUUACUAUAAAGACACAUUAUAAUUGAGUUAGUGAAGGACUUGUAGUGUUAUGGGAGUUUUAGGCUGUGCUUAUGACUAUGUAGUUUAUAAGGCCUAUUAGUUGGCAAAUUGGCAUUAAUUGCCAUUAAACUUUACCAGUUGUGUGCUAAGAGUUUAAAACCAAGGAAGGAUUUUGUUUUGUGUGGUGAUAAAGUGUAGAUGUUCUUAAUGCAAGAAUUAAGAUAUUAUUUUGUAGUGUUUUUAGGUUAAAUUAAAUAUUUUAUGUUACCUCGAA